CUUCAGCGUCGUCUGCUGCUCUGACGACGAGAACCACUUCUCUUCUUUCCCCUCCUAAAUUCUUUCCUCCACGUCGUCUGCGCUACUCAGACACACCAUUCCUUCGAGUCACUCGUGGCUGCGUUUAUCAAUAUUUUCACCGGAUCUCCUCCCGUAUCUACAUCGUGUUUCUUCACUCAACUCAAUGGCCUACUCCCCAGGGCCUCAAUCCCCCGGCGGCGGGCCUGCCUACCAUGGCAAUCUGACCUCACGCACUCGCUCGGCCAGUCCUCCCGGUGCAUCUGGGACUCUCUCCAAGAGAGAUAAACGUCGAACUGCCCUGCAGGAACGACUCCACGAUUUGACGGCUACUUUCUCCCAAAACCGCGACGCCCAGUUCCGACAGCAACUCCACUCCCUCCAGUGCGAUAUGACCCUCAUCAACAAUGCUGAUCCGUAUCAGGCUGGCCCGCUGCUAGACUCUUCUGAGGACAUUGCAAAUCUGAUUGAGGAGACCGUUGGUGGGGGGAAAUUCGCCAAGGAGAUGGCUAGCCUCUCCGGCACUUGGUACUCCAAGUUCGUUCAAGAGAUUAAUAACGUCAAGGAGCAAAAGGAUUCAGACCUGACACAGAUCAUGAACCGACACCAGAACAGCCUCGAACGACACCGUCGCGAGUACGAUUUCCGAGUCCACUUUGCCAAGGAAGAAUUCAACCAUCUUUCUGGCACAUUACGCGAGCGCCUUAUGCAAAGCAUUUCUAGCAAGCGGUCUCGCCUGAUGCGCGAGAAGGAGCAACUCGAUAUCGCCGAUACCAACGCCCUCCUCCUCCAUCCCAAUCAAUUCAGCAUCACCAACCCUGCCAGCCCUGGCGGUAUCCACGGGAAUCGCAAGACUCGUCACACCCGUCACCGGGUUGACCUAGACGAGCUGGGUAACGGCAUCGUCUCUGAGUUGAACAAGCGCAAGCGCAAGGCACCGGAGGAAGAGACUGGAUCGCCAGUACGGGAAGCCGGCGGCACCACACCGGCCGAGCGCUCUAAGGCAUACCUGGAGAAGCAGUCGGCGCCGACUUACUCCAUCCAAUCUCUCUUCACCGACAAGGAGCUCAGCGCACACUCCAACCAGGCCCACGUCGCGACCGUCCACUUCUUCUCUACAUCGAAGCGGGCCGAGCAGGGCGCUGGCGCCGUGACCAACGGCAACAACACCGAAACCGAGGAGACACCCGAUGGCACCGGCCACGAGGACAACGGGACCCCCAGUGCUGCCGAUAUGAUGCGCACUGCAAGCCAAAAUUUCCACGUUACCCGGUCGACCCGGGGCACGGCCGCUCACAGUGCUCUCAGCGCUCUGGCCGAUCUCGUCGAUAAAACCGCGACGCGCCCCGCCCUGCCCUACCACGUGCUCUCCAACUAUCACGCCCGGCCGAAUGGCAACGCGCCUCCGUUGACCUCUCUCCUGAACGAGGAGGUCGACGACGACCUGUCGAGAGUGGACCGGCUACAUAGCAGCAAGCCGGUGGGAUGGAUUGACUCCUCCCUUAUCGAUCUGGUCGUGGCGCCGUUGCCAUCCGAGCCUGUCAACGGGCACCCGCCCAACCCCGACCACUUCACCUCGCUGCACCCCGACUUCCCUUCGGUAGUCGGCAUGCAACUCCAGCCCGCACGACCUAACCUUGGUGCGGAGAUGUUCCCGUCUGUGGCUAUGGAGCGUGAGCGAAGCAGUAAGCGGACGCGCCAUCACUGAGGGUGGUCGCCUCAGUGGGGGUCGCGAUUCGUGGGGGGUUUGACGGUGUGGUAGUUGGAUGAGUGUAUGCUAGGGUAAGGACCGGGUUGUCUCUUGAGGUGUUCAUGCUGCUUCAGUUCGGCGUCUCUUUUCUCUCCCUUUGUUUUGAGUUCUCGUGGGGAGUUGGCUGCGUUUGGAGUGGUAUUUGGUGUUGGGGGUGGGUUUCAGAUUCUCAUGUUCUUUGUUCAUAUUCAUAUUUG